CAUUACGUCACUGUGGGGGUGUUCCCCGUUGACGUGGUGGGGACCACGUUUGGAGAUUUCACUUCUCAUUGAGCUCUCAGCAGAGUCUUAUCGGCCCGUCCCUCCCUCCUGACCGCUGUUCAUGGUUCACUACGGGGUUCAUCUAGGCGCAGCGAAGGCGGCAACUUGCACGACCUAACUCUUCAUGUGCCAGUCGGAGUGGUUCCUUUAAGAGGAUGCUAAGCGUUGCCAGCGGCCACUGCAAUUUCAUUUUAUGUUUCUGCUUUUAUUUUGCGUUGCCGCAGUCGUGUGGGAGAAUAUUCAAACGCUUUUCCUUUUCGUCACUUCUUUAGAGGUAGGGAAGUAAAAUGGUUUCGUCGGGUCUGGAUACCAUGCCACUGUGCAGCCCCCUUGCCAAGCAGAAGAUCUGCACUGAUACACCGACACCAGGGGCCCUCCAACAGCAUCUCUUCUAUGGUGAAUAUGAUCCAUUCAAAUACGCUCCCAUCUUUGAAAGUGACUUUGUUCAGGUUACGAAGAAGGGAGAAGUGCUGAACAUCCAUAACCAGGUAACCGUGGUGACCGUGGGGGUGACCUCCACAAGCCCGAACUUCAACCUCCCUAAUGUCAUGCUGCUGGCCCGACCCAUCAAUGCUCUGAGGGAGAUGAUGUGUAACUGCACAGUUUCAGAAGAUAGGUGCCCCAUGGAGCUCACCAGGCUGUUUCCCCUGAGUUUUGUCAAUAUCUCCAUCCAUGACGUUUACAAUCGGCGUCUCCGUUUGAAGCUUGCCAAUGGGAGGGCUUUCUACCUGCAGCUAUAUGUCCACCCCGACUGUGAGAAUGAGGUGUUCGAGCGCUGGAUGAAGUUGGUGACCCUCCUGCACACCAACCCCGAGGAAGUGUACGGCUACGAGGCUGUCACACCAGAGAUUGAGUGCAUCCUGGAGCAGGCCAGUCUGGAGACCUCCAUCACCACGCUCUCUGACUGGCAGCUAGAGCCACCGGAGAUGUCACCGGGCAUGAGGGAAUACUACGAGGCGAGUCGUGCGAGCAGCAAGAAGAGUAAACAGAGCAAGCAGAGCAAAAAAAGCAAGAAGAGUGACAAGAGUGAAAAGACGGACUGCAGUGAGAGGACCCAAAGCAAGAGGGAAGGGAGUGAUGACGAGAGCCUGCCUGACUUCGACCGUGAGCAAGAGCCCUGGCCUCUUGUCGAACCGCCAAAGAAAGAGAAGAAAAGUCGAGGAAAGUCAAUAGGUUUCAACUUCUUUAACAAAGGAUCUAAAGAGAAGCUGGAGGAUAAGGAAAAACAACCUCAGAAAACCAAGGCAGCAGCAUCUCCAUCAACUCCAUCAGUCCCAGCACAAGAGAAAGAGUCAAAGGUGAGGCUUGAGAAAGAGGGAAAGGGUGACAGGAAUAAAAAGGAGUCAAAACCGAAGGACAAAUCCAAGGGCAAGGAAGGCAAGGGGGAUAAGGAGAAGAAGAAACAGAAGAUGAAGGAGGAUAAGGAGAGGGAGAAAGUGGAGAGGCAGCAGGAGAAAGAGAGGCAGCAGAGGGAGAAGGAGGAGAAGAAGCAGAAACAGAAGGAAGGCAGGAAGCAGAAAGGGAAGGACGACAAGAGGGGGAAGGAGAAAGAGAAGCGGCAGCGACAGAAGGAGGAGAGGCAGCAGAAAAAGGAGGCCAAGCAGCGGGAGAAAGAGGAGAAGAAGCAGCGAGAGCUGGAGGACAGGAGGGAGAAAGGGAAGGACGAAAAACGUGGGAAGGAGAAAGAGAAGAGGCAACGUGGGAAUGAAGACAAGAAACAGAAAGACAAGAAAAAGCAAAGCAAACCAUCAGCUACCAAGUCCAAAGAGAAAGUGGAAGAAUGAGAUAUCGAUGGCUCGGCUCAGGAGUUGAGAACAAAAGUAGGGAAAAGACUGGAAGAUGGUAAGUGUUAUCGAAUGGAAGAGGAGAAUCCAUAACAAGAGAGAAUGACUGGUGUCUAAAUGUAUUAGAAUGGAUCUAAUACCUUCAUGUGAACUGGGAAUAAAAUACUUCCUUGCAGUUUAUUUUGGUUUUGACAAAGUUUAAAGGUCAAACUCCCCAAAUACUUCCUUGUGACUUAAGUUCAAAGUUCAUCCACUGUAUGGGUAGAAAACUCAAUGUAAGUGCUCCGUGUGGGUUGACUGAGAUCUGAGGUGCAUGAGCAGCUAUCCCUGCAACUUUCCAAAAUCUCUGCUUUGCAGACACGCUUUCCCCUGGUGUGAUCAAAUUGUUCUGUUACAUUACUUCCUGUUGUGGGAGCAAUUGGUCAAAGACUUUAGAUUAAAAAAAGAAGUAUCUUUCAAAUUCUACUUUUUACUUCAUUCUUAUGUGCAGUUUAAUCAAACGACUUUAUUCAAGGACAAAUAAAAAACAACCUGGAUCCCUCAUUCUCUGCUUGCUGCUUUUAGCAGAAACAUUUCUGAAGUGUUUCAGAAUUCCUCUGAUAUUCCCAAUGGUUUGUCUUCCCUUCACCCCAACCCAUUCCUGCCUCAUCAUCACAAAACUCUCCCCUUGUUCCAUAUCGAGUCUUUUCUUG